CAGAGGAAUGUAUACAAAAUCUGGAGUCUAAGGACUUUGGAAAAGCAUACUGUUGGUUACAAAGUAUAUGCUCUAUACCAACAGUCAACAGCUCGAUGUUGUAUAAGCAUGAGCUGAACUUGAAUAAAAGCAUGCGGGAGACCAUAGCUCGCAUUACACGGCGCUGAAACUCUUGGUUAAAUCUAAGUCAGCAAAUACGUGGUCUGACUAACAAGGACAUCGAUUUGUAUGCACUAAAAGAAAAUGUCUAUCCUGCGGCCUUGUCUUGCAGCCUAGUGCAGUGGACGGCGAUCACUCUCGAGGAAUUCCUAGCCCAAAAUUCAUACGUACUAAACAUUUCUCCGGAUGAUAAGGGCAUAACAUACAAUUCCUAUCGUGCUGUGAUUGUUCGUGGCUCUGCCAAAAUGGAGUAUUUCAUUCGAAUACCGAGUAAUUAUCCAUUGGAAAUGCCACUCUGGAUAUUGAGUGUGCAUUGGAACGGUCGCCGUACAUCGCAGAAUAAUGCAGCUAUCAAGAUGAUGGAGUACUGGACCAACUUAUUGCAACCCCAACAGCUGGAAGCAAAUUAUCGUAUUCUGUACGCUCAGCUUUUCCGAACUAUUUAUAGUUUUGACAUCUUUCUGGAGACAGAAGGCUCAAUGCAGACGACUAUAGAAUACACCAAGGAAAAGCCUUAUAUAAGUGCAUUUGCAAAACGAUGCCGAUUGCGUCCAUAUAAAUACAUAAAAAAGGGUUCCGUACACGCAUUCAAACAAUAAGGACCUAAAAACAAAUAUAAGAAUAUGGUUUUGUAAAAAAAAA